ACGUUUACGAUAUAGUCUGCCGUAUUUAUUUAUAUUUUAUUCGCCUGUUUUAGUUAACAUUUUGUUUUUGGACAUUAUUGCUAACAAGUUAUGAACUAUGAGUGGAUGAAAUCCACAUCAGUUUGCAAAGAUUCCACUUAUUGACAACGAAAUGUUAAUAAUUUAUUUUUUAAUUUUUUUAUCAUGUGCAUCCCAAAUUUCAACUUCGAUUGAUAACUAUAAUAAAGUUGAAAGGCACGGUGAAGAGUUACUACUUUGUCGAAAAUGUGGUGCUGACGUUGCAGACUCACAUUACAUUUUCACUAAAAUUAGUCCUGGGUCUCGUAAUACUGAAAAGCAAAACUUAUUUGGAAAACACAAUAUAACUGUGCAAACAUUAGUAAACCCAUUUGGAGUCAAAUUUGAAAUCAUAACAAUGGAAAAAGCAAGAUGUCAAAAUAUAGGCCCAAAUCAAGGUGCAGAUUCUUGGUUUCCAGGAUAUACAUGGAGAAUUUGUACAUGCCCACACUGUGGUCACCACUUAGGCUGGACAUUUGAAAGAAAUGAUAAAGACAGUCCACCGGACGACAUAGCUUAUUUUCAUGGAAUAAUUUUAAGCAAUAUAUUGGGAGAAAAUUUUACAGAUUCACUCAUCAUGAUGCCAAAAAUGUACAGGAUGUAGACAUCUUUUUCCAGUUAUUUUCGUAAUUCAAAAACUUUUACAAAGACAUGCUA